CACAAUUUAUCGAAGUAUUCGUCACGAUACGACUUCAAGCAGUACAGUUGUACACACAUUUUUUUUUCUUGCAACAUAGGUGAUUUUUUUAAAGGCAGCGUGAUUUGGACAGUCAACGCCAGCAACGGUCCUCCUACCUUUUUCAGAUAGAGAUAAUAGAAUCAUACUGCUAUUUCAAAUCCAUUUUAGCUAGCUAUGUCUGUUCGUAAUCGAACGCAGGAAUUUCAGGCGUUUGCUUCGCGGUUGUCAUCUAGAACUAAUCCAAACAACCGUCGCGCUCAAAUCAACAUUGUACAGUAUGUUCCAAAACGUGGAAAUUCAUCCACCUUCACCUUGACGGCAAAGGAAUUAGGACGACACAUGAAGACAACCGAAGCAGAAUUGGAAAAGUUGAAAAGCUUAACAAAUCGGCGAGCUCUAUUUGAUGAAAAGCCUGUCGAAAUAUCUGAAUUGACGUAUAUUAUCAAACAAAAUAUCACCAAACUGAAUCAUGGAAUCUCAAUAUUACAAAGUACGACAAAGGCAGGACCAAAGCAACCGCAUCAAGUUCGCGAGCAUUACUCGGAAGUUGUCAGCAGUCUUCAAAACCGACUUGCAAACAUUUCAGUAGGAUUUAAAGAAGUUCUUGAGAAGCGAACUGAGAACAUGAAAGUUUCGAAAGAGAGGCGGGACCAAUUCUUCCAAUCAAGUGAUACCAGGACACCGUCACCGGCACCACAGGCGCCGUCACCUCCGGGCGGCAAUACCUACAUUCCUCCCGAGGUCUCAGAGCUACAUCGGAGGAAGACAUAUGCACCAACGGUUCCAUCUCAAGAAGAUGAUACGACUCUGUCUCUAGGAAUCCCGCUACUGACUCCGCAACAGCAACAAUUGCAAGCUGAUUCAAGAUAUACCGAACAACGGAGCAAUGCCCUCGAAAGCAUUGAAAAUACCAUACAAGAACUAGGGGGCAUGUUUCAACAGCUAGUAACGAUGGUGGCAGAACAAAGGGAGACGGUACAAAGAAUCGGACAAAACACUGAAGACAUUGAGAGCCAUAUUAACGUCGCACAAGGCGAAUUACUACGAUAUUACCGUAAUAUCUCUUCGAAUAGAGGGCUGAUGCUCAAAAUAUUUGCCACUAUCAUCAUCUUCUUCACCGUAUUUACUUUAAUGUCGUGACCACACACUCAACUUUUGAGACCAUCUGAGAAUAAAUCUCUGCCUGAAACAAUUUUUUUUUUCCUUUGAAUAGUACCAACCUCGCCAUUUUGUCAAACAUUUCACUGCCACACAUUCUUCC